AUGACGGCCGUGGCCCUGCUGGUGGUGUACUGCGGGUACCUCGUCUUCCAGCUGGGGUCGCACUCCGACCUGUUCAGGGCGCCGGCCGAAGGCGGGGACGACGAUGGGGGCGGCGGCGGGGGUGCCAACGACGAGCACAAGGAAGCGCCCUCCCUCACGUUCGGCGCCGCGCUGGUGUGGCUGGCGGGCAUCACUGUGCUGGUGGCGUUCUGCAGCGAGGCGCUGACCGGGUCCAUCGAGGAGGUGUCCCACGCCUGGGGGCUCAGCCAGAGCUUCCUGGGCUUCAUCGUGCUGCCGAUUGCCGGCAAUGCCUGCGAGCACAUCACAGCUGUUUUUGUGGCCAUGAAGAACAAAAUGGACCUCAGCAUGGGUGUGGCCAUUGGCAGCAGCAUCCAGAUCGGCCUGCUGGCCGUGCCGCUGGUCACCGUCGUGGGCUGGGCCACGCACCACCCCUUCUCCCUGGCGUUCGACCCAUUCAGCGCGCUGGUGCUGGUGCUGAGUGUGCUGCACACCUCCAUCAUGAUCGAGGACAGCCAGUCGAAUUGGCUCGAGGGGCUGCAGCUGGUGGUGACGUACUUCAUUGUGGCUGUGGCCUAUGCCAUGACUACUUGA